CAACGUCAAGUCCUAAUCAAAUUAUCAAACUAACUCGCAGUAUUCAAUAACUAAAGACUCGCGCUUGAACUAGAAAGGUUAUUACAUCUGGGAUAUAUCUAUAUAUAAACAUACACAUACAUACCAGUUUAUAUAUAUAGAAUCGAUUGUUAUCAUUCUCGAGUUAAUUUUUUGUUUUGUUUUGUUCAAAAUAAAUCAAACGAUCAAUUGUUUUCCACCCAAAUAUUAAUCAGAAUAAGAUAAGAUGUCGACAUCUGCAGAAACAACACCAGCUGCUGAGCCACAACCAGUGAAAAAUGAGUCUUCCACUGUUGAAUCUGGACAACAAGGCGGUAAUGUAGCCCCUGCCGAAACAACGGAAGAAUCAUCAACUAAUUUAGAAAGUGCUAGAACUUUAUUCAAGGAAAGAGCUCUUACUUACUUGGCAGAGCAGCAAAAGCACGUAAUUGUUCCUUCAUAUGCAGCCUGGUUCAACCUUGAUGCGAUCCAUUCCAUUGAAAAGAAACUGUUUCCAGAUUUCUUUCCUACCAAACAAGAUGAACAUCAUUCGAUAUACAAAACUCCUGAGAUUUAUAAAAACAUGCGUGACUUUAUGGUCAACUCUUACCGUGUGAACCCUCUUGAGUAUAUUACAGUUACUGCUAUUCGUCGAAAUUUGGCUGGAGAUGUGACUAGUAUUAUUAGAGUUCACCAUUUCUUAGAAAAAUGGGGAUUGAUCAAUUAUCAAAUCGAUCCAAGAACUAAAUCAUGUACCGUAGGACCUCAAUACACUGGCCAUUUCCAAGUAACUUUGGAUACUCCAACGGGGCUUGUUCCAUUUGUUCCUGAGGGAAUUUCAGAUCCAAAGGAGUCCACUGUUAAUGAACCACAGGAGACUAACACUACCACAUCCGCAAAGCAGGGAACAGACAGUAAAGCUACUGAUGAUAGUUCUAUCCCACUCAAUUUGGAAGUAAGACAUAAUGUGUACACCAAGACAAAUGAACUUACUAAAAAGGCAACUGUCAACACAAUUCAAUUUUUCUGUAAUAUCUGUGGAAAUGAUUGUACUUCUACAAGAUAUCAUAAUUUAAAGGUAAAGUCAUAUAAUUCAAACCCAAAUUCAACUGCUAACAAUGCUUCUGUAUUGUGUGUCGAAUGUUAUGAACAAGGAUUAUUCCCACUGAACUUUUACUCUUCUGAUUUCAUUCAAUUGAAAGAAGAAACAAAGAGUUCCAAUGUAUGGUCAGAACAAGAAGUAUUAUUAUUAUUAGAAGCAAUUGAAGUAUAUGCCACCUAUGACACAUCUAACAAUGGUACUUCUAACACAGCUAUUAAUACUAAUGGUAACGGACAAUGGGAUAAAAUUGCCGAAUAUGUAGGAACUAAAUCGAAAGAAGAAUGUUUGGUGAAAUUUAUACAAUUACCAAUUGAAGAUAGAUAUUUGAAUAAAUUGGCGGAACCAAAGAAGCAAUCUGGAAUUUCACAAUCUAACCUGACUCUCAUCCAAGAUAUAGUGAAGGAGAUUGUAAACAAUAAACAAACCAAUGGAAUUGCUACCACCGCAACGAAUAAGGCUGAAGCAGCUUCUUCUGAGCAACAACAAAUUAUAAACCAAAUUAUUGAACUUACGUUAGAAAAGGUCUCUACUAAAUUAUCUCAUUUAGAUAUUUUGGAACAAAAUUUACUUGAAGCAGAAAAGAAAUUGCAACAAGAAAGAAAACAAUUGUUAUUUGAAAGAUGGUCUCAUUAUGAAAAGAUCAAUAAAUACAAAGAAUCUCAACCGGAAUUGGCAUCAAUUUUCGAUGAUUUGUUGACUCCAAUCAAGAUUCAAGAAGUUGUAAAGCCUCAAAAGGAAGCGGAUGAAGACUCUGAAAACAAUAUGCAAGUUGACUCUACUACGUCGGGAAUCAACGGUCUUGAUUCAACAACUGCGCCAGUAUCUGUCUCACAACCAAAGAGCUAUCAAUUCUGGUCCGGUUAAACGUUUCACGUAUCACAUCUUUUGAGCUACUGUACUAUUAUCUAUUUUUAUAUUAAAUGAACAAAACU